AGCCGGUUUGACGUUAGAAGUAUCAUGAAAUCUGCCUGCGUAUUGUUAAAUUGUUUCAGCUGUGUUUAAUACUUAUUUAAUUGGAAUUACACGAAGAGCGUUUCCAAAAUGUUAACCAAAUUCGAAACGAAGUCAGCGCGGGUGAAAGGAAUAUCGUUUCACGCGAAACGACCAUGGGUUUUGGCCAGUUUACACAACGGUGUGAUUCAACUUUGGGAUUAUCGUAUGUGUACAUUAUUGGAGAAGUUUGAUGAACACGAUGGCCCUGUUCGUGGUAUCUGCUUCCACAUUCAACAACCUUUAUUCGUAUCCGGUGGUGAUGACUAUAAAAUCAAGGUGUGGAAUUACAAGCAAAGAAGGUGCCUCUUCACUCUUCUUGGUCAUUUGGAUUAUAUUCGCACAACAUUCUUCCACCAUGAGUAUCCCUGGAUCCUUAGUGCUUCAGAUGAUCAGACAAUAAGAAUCUGGAACUGGCAGUCCCGUCAGUGCAUAAGCGUGCUUACUGGCCACAACCACUAUGUGAUGUGCGCGCAGUUCCACCCCACUGAGGAUCUGCUUGUCUCCGCGUCUCUUGACCAGUCUGUACGAGUGUGGGACUUCUCUGGGUUGCGGAAGAAGAGUGUAGCGCCUGGACCUAGUGGUCUGGCUGAGCAUUUGAGGAAUCCGCAGGCUACGGAUUUGUUUGGACAAGCCGAUGCAGUCGUCAAGCAUGUACUAGAAGGUCACGAUCGCGGUGUGAACUGGGCUUCCUUCCAUCCCACUUUGCCAUUAAUUGUGUCGGCCGCUGAUGAUCGCCAAGUCAAGUUGUGGAGGAUGAAUGAUGCUAAGGCAUGGGAAGUAGACACAUGCCGCGGGCAUUACAACAACGUGUCUUGUGCAUUAUUCCAUGCCCGGCAUGAACUAAUUCUCUCAAACAGUGAAGAUAAGUCGAUAAGAGUGUGGGAUAUGACCAAACGGACAUGCUUGCAUACAUUCAGGAGGGAACAUGAACGUUACUGGGUACUAUCAUCUCACCCCACACUCAAUCUGUUUGCUGCGGGCCACGACGCGGGAAUGAUUCUGUUCAAACUGCAAAGGGAAAGACCCGCAUAUGCUGUGCAUAAUAACAUGCUGUUUUAUAUUAAAGAUAGACAGUUACGUAAACUGGACAUGCAAGCUAACAAAGAUGCACCUGUUAUGCAAAUUAAGGGAGGCGGUAGACAUCAGCCAUACAGCAUGUCCCUAAACCACGCUGAGUUCUGCGUGCUUGUCACUUGGCGUAUCGGCGACAAUUGCACUUACGAGCUAUAUUCCGCCCCCCGGGACGGUGGGGAGGGGGGCGGGGAGCCGGCCCGGGGACAAGCUGCCGCUGCUGUGUGGGUCGCUAGGAAUCGAUUCGCCGCAUUGGAUAGGAAUAAUCAGCUAGUAAUAAAGAACCUAAAGAACGAGGUAUCCAAGAAGAUAGUAACACCAAAUUGCGACGAAAUAAUGUACGCCGGUACGGGCAUGCUGCUCUUGCGUGAGCCGGACUGCGUGCAACUGCUCGAUGUUCAACAGAAACGGACUAUCGCUAGCGUGAAAGUUCCAAAAUGCCGCUACGCAAUAUGGAACGCAGAUAUGUCUCUAGUGGCUCUUCUAGGAAAGCAUACAGUGACCAUUUGUACGAAGAAAUUGGAACAACUAUGUUCUAUAACUGAAGGUGCUAGGGUCAAAUCGGGGGCCUUUGAUGAUUCUACACCGCAGCCUGUGUUUAUUUAUACCACUGCUAAUCAUAUCAAAUAUUGCUGUAAGGAUGGCGAUUACGGUAUAAUCCGCACACUAGACGUUCCAGUAUACGUAGUGCGGGUGCUAGCGGGCGAGGGGUCUGCGAAAGCCGUGUGCCUCGACCGAGAGGCCAGGCCCAAAGUGUUAACUAUCGACCCUACGGAGUACAGGUUCAAAUUAGCGUUGGUGACGCGUCAAUACGAUCAAGUGCUGCACAUGGUGCGCACAGCCAAACUUGUGGGACAAAGCAUUAUUGCGUAUUUGCAAGAGAAAGGUUACCCAGAAGUAGCGCUCCAUUUCGUCAAAGAUGCCCGAACUCGUCUCUCCCUAGCUUUACAAUGCGGUAAUAUUGAAGUGGCAUUAGAAGCGGCUAAGAGUAUAGACGAGCCAGAUAGUUGGGAUAAAUUGGCCCAAGCGGCUUUGGCCACUGGUAACCAUCAGAUAGUAGAAAUGUGCUACCAACGUACAAAGAACUUUGACAAACUAUCCUUCCUGUACCUAAUAACGGGUAACUUGGAGAAAUUGCGCAAAAUGAUGAAAAUAGCGGAGAUACGCAAGGAUGUGUCGGCGCAGUUCCAAGGGGCUUUGCUGCUUGGUGAUGUUACUGAGAGGAUACGGCUGUUGAAGAAUUCUGGACAGCUCUCGCUAGCCUACUUAACAGCGAUAAACCACAAGCAGCUAGAGGAAGCGGAGCAGCUUAAAGCAGCGCUCGAAGCAGCCGGUUUGCCCAUCCCGGAAUCGAACCCGAACGCAGUGUUUCUACGACCCCCGCUACCGGUGCAACGGGCGCAGAGCAAUUGGCCGUUGUUGGCUGUUUCUAAGAGUUUCUUCGAAGUGGCAAGUACGGCGGGUGCUCGUGGUGCUGGCGCAAGUGUGGCCGGAGCUGAUGCUGCGGGAGAGGAACCGCUGGAAGCUGCCGGCGCUUGGGGUGAUGAUGAUGUGCUGGAUAAGGAAGAGAUAGAAGGAGAGCCAGGUGAAGUGGAAGAUGCGUGUGAUGACGGCGGCUGGGACGUCGGUGAUGAAGAUCUGGAUCUGCCUGAAGAACUCGCUCCAAUACCUGCUGAUAUAGACGGCGGUGAAGACAAUUCUCAAUACUUUGUGGCGCCAACACGAGGUGUUAGCGCGGCUCUUGGCGGGAAAUACAAGACUGCGCACGAUUAUGUCACCACUGGACAGUUUGAGAUCGCUUUCAGGUUGCUAAACGAACAAGUGGGUAUAGUGAACUUCGAGCCGUACACAGAAACAAUGCUGCAAAUGUUCUCACACGCGCGCAUGCAGUUCGGUGCGCUGGCAACACUGCCGCCUUUAGUGGCGCAUUUACAUAGGAACUGGAAGGAGGCUAGCGGGAAGGAUUUGUUGCCUGUUAUAACGGCAAAACUAAACGACCUUGUAGCACAACUGCAGCAGUGUUACCAGCUAACAACGGGCGGCAAGUUCACAGAGGCGAUAGAGCGGCUCCAACGCGUGGUGUUGCUAGUUCCACUUCUGAUCGUCGACACGAAGCAGGAGUUGGCUGAAGCUCAGCAAUUGCUGGCUAUCUGUAGGGAGUAUUUGCUGGGAUUGCAAAUGGAGACUGCUAGGAAAGGAAUGCCCAAAAACACGUUAGAAGAACAAAAGCGCACGUGCGAAAUGGCGGCCUACUUCACGCACUGCAAGCUGCAGCCCGUGCACCAAAUACUAACCCUACGUACCGCUCUAAACAUGUUCUUCAAGUUGAAAAACUUCAGAACGGCUGCAUCAUUCGCGAGAAGAUUGCUAGAAUUAGGACCGAGACCAGAAGUGGCCCAACAAGCCAGAAAAAUUCUACAAGCCUGCGAAAAAACGCCUACAGACGAACAUCAGCUGAUCUACGAUGAACAUAACCCGUUUAACAUUUGCGGAAUAAGUUAUAAGCCCAUAUAUAGAGGAAAGCCAGAAGAAAAAUGUCCGCUCUGUGGGGCGAGCUUCUUGCCAGAACAUAAAGGCAAGUUGUGCCAAGUUUGUGGUGUCGCGGAAAUUGGGAAAGAUGCGCUCGGACUUAGGAUUUGUGCGCUCCAGUUUCAGAGAUAGGAUAUGAAUUGUAUUGAAUAUGAAUGAUAUAUUAUUUGUAAGAUUUAUUUUAAAUAUAUUAUAUUAUAGUAUCAUUUU